ACACAACAAUUUUCAAAUACAAAGAAAAAACUUAAAAUUUAUUGAUUUAAGAAUUCCUUGUUCCAAAAAAAAUAUACAAAAAUAGUUAUUGAACAUGAACUUCCUUAUCCAACAUGGCAAAAUAAGAUCUCAGGUCAUUAAUGUACCCGAUGGAUUACCAGAACUACUCUCGGAUAUAACAAGAGAAGUCUUAAGAUGCCAACCGAGCAAGGAGGCUCUUUGUCAAUUCAUUAUUGACUAUUUACAUGCAGUGAUUAAGGCUAGGGAAAAGGCUCGAAUGGCCAAGUUGGCCAUAGAUAGAGCUCUGCGUAUGGUCAAUGAAGUCAUAGCCGAUAUGUGUAUUUGUGAUAUUCCAAAAAUCAAAGCCGAUAAAAUGUCUGAAGCCAUGGAGGAUUGCUUUAAACGAUUCUUGUCACAAUGGCGUUGUGGAAAGGGUAGAAAUAUAGAAUUUAUAAAAUUCAAUGAGAUUGAUAUCUUUGAUGAACUUAUGAAGAAAUGUAAGUUUUCCGAAAACGAAUUGAAAGCCUCGAAACCCGUUAUAGAGGCAGCCUAUCAGAGAUUUGUGGAAGCCUAUAUGACAGCAAAUCAGAAUGGAGAGGGCCCGGAAGCCUUAUAUCAAUAUUUCCGGGAACGUGAAGUCCAAAGGCAAGAGGAACGUGUACGGGAAGAAGCUGCUGUCAAAAUACAAUCAAAUGUCCGUGGUUUUCUAGCAAGACGCUCCCUAUUUGCAAAGAAAGAAGUGGAAACCCCAGUAGAGGAACUCUCUGAACCCUAUGAUCUUGUAAAGGAACAGGAGGAGGCAGCUCUUAAAAUUCAACGAUUCUUUCGUCGUCGUAUGAGCAAUAUACGCAAACGAGCUACUAUUCAGGAAUUCGAAUUUAAUGAUGUAUGUGAACCAGAGUCAAGAAUAUCUCUUACUGCUAACACACCAGCACCUGUUAAUGGACAACAGGAGGAUACAAAUGCCAAUGGACAACCUCUGGAGAUAGAUGCAAUUCAAGAACCGAACAUAGAUCAACUUCUCAACGAAACUGAAACAUCGGAAGCACGACAAGAUAAUGUUGAGACUGAUGUUAUUACCCUUGAGAACAAUAAUAGCAAUGGCGCUUAAUAAAAAAAAACUGUAUUUGUAUGUGUUCAUAAAUUUUCAAUAAAUUGUUUUCCCAUAAUAA